GGAAGGGGCGGGGCCGAGCGGCAGCGACUUCCGGGAGCGGCGGGGACCAUGAGCUGGUAGCUGAAAAACAAUGUUCUAGUUGAGCCACAACCGCGUUUCACAACCAAGCUCAAAAUGGAUAUUUUUGUAGCACAGUCAGGGCCUAAAACAGCCUUGCAAAAUUCUGCUCGCCCACGCGCCUGGCGUGAGUAAUUUUCUUUUGAUGGGAUACCGUUCAAGAUCGGGCAGCCCAAGAAACAGAUUGUACCCAAGACAGUUUAAAGAAAAAGCCAGAGAAAGCGAUUCUGCAUUAAGUAGCCCGCAAUGCCUAGAAGAAAUAGCGUUCGGUACAGAAACACGUUUCGAUUUGGAGGUUUCAGAAAGCGGCUGCGGAGAAGUGGAGAGAGACUUUGAAAGGGAAUAUGGGAAGCUGCAGCAAUUGGAAGAUCAGACCAAAAAACUUCAGAAGGAUAUGAAGAAAAGCACAGAUGCAGACUUGGCCAUGUCCAAGUCGGCCGUGAAAAUCUCUUCGGACCUGCUGUCCAACCCCCUGUGCGAGCAGGAGCCCGGCUUCCUGGAGAUGGUCACGGCCUUCGACACGGCGAUGAAGAGGAUGGACUCCUUCAACCAGGAGAAGGUGAAUCAGAUCCAAAAGACGGUCAUAGAGCCUUUGAAAAAGUUCAGCAGCGUGUUCCCCAGCCUGAACAUGGCAGUGAAGCGCCGCGAGCAAACCCUGCAGGACUACAAGCGCCUGCAGUCCAAGGUGGAGAAGUACGAGGAGAAGGAGAGAACCGGCCCCGUCCUCGCCAAGCUGCACCAGGCCCGCGAGGAGCUGCGGCCGGUGAAGGAGGACUUCGAGGCCAAAAACAAGCAGCUCCUGGAGGAAAUGCCCAAGUUUUACAGCAGCCGCAUCGAUUACUUCAAGCCCAGCUUCGAGUCCCUCGUCCGGGCGCAGGUCGUCUACUACACGGAGAUGCACAAGAUCUUCGGGGACCUGACGGCGCAGAUCGACCAGCCCGGCCUGAGCGACGAGCAGCGGGAGCGGGAGAACGAAGCCAAGCUGAGCGAGCUGCGGGCGCUGUCCAUCGUGGCCGACGACUGAGGGCUGGGGAGGGCGGGGGGGGGCACCGGUAACAAAGCUGGGGAUGGAGCCCCCCCAGCUCCUGAGCCCCCUCCCUGCCUUCUCCGGGGAUGCACAGAUGGAUGGUGCAGGGUUUAAAGCUCUGGCUGUGCCAUUUUCCGCCCCAGCAGCUCUGCCCUCCCGCCACGGGGCCUCCUGGGGCGGGGGGGGGGGGGGACAGAGCAGGGCCCCCCCCACUGCUGCUGUGAGGCUGCAGGAUGGGCAGCCACGGGCAUCCCCGUCCUGUUUCUGCCCUCCUGACUUGUGGGAGCCUGGCUUCUCAUUAAAUAGGUGGUUGUGGGGCAGCUCAGCCGAGAAAAGGAGCGGGCUGCGCCCUCCUGCCCUGACCCAGCACCGGUGCGGAGCUCCCCGCUGGCUCCCCGUGCCAGGAUCGGGCCCAGGCUCCUUGCCUGUAGGGUGUUCGUUUGGUGCCUUAGGAGGAGCCCGGUACCCUCAGGGGGAGGGCAGAAGCAUUCAGAUUCCCACGGGAUGCAUUUUUUUGGGAGCUGGUCAUUCGAGGACUGUGCGUCCUGCCCGGAGGGUGAGGGGUUCCUUGCUGGAUGCGACCCGUUCCCAGCAGGAACGGUGCAAAGUGCCUCGGGGGAGCCCUCACCCGAUCAAACACUGUUAAGGGGAAGAGAUUAUGAACGGGACAGAUUAAAUCCAAGAGCUGAAAGUCA